CCUAUAAUUUGCAUUUCAUUGACUAUUACUGAAACUACAAGUAUCCUUUUGAGGAUCCUUGUACAUUUCUUGGUACAUGACACAUCCGUAUAUACUUUGACAUGGUAGACCGGGUAGUCCGGAUCGGCAAAGACUAUUAAUAAGUGCUAGAAUUAUUGAAAGUCUUACGGACUGCAGAGUGCAAAGUCACCUGCGACGACGGUAAUAGUUCUUUGCGCGCAACCGGGAAACUGGAAAAAAAUUGAAGCAUUCUAUCGAUUCUAUCAGAAAACCUUAUAAAAACAACACAUUUUCUGAGAGCAGAAUCAAAUAAGCUUCACUGCACUUGAUUCCACGGGACAUGGGACUGACAACCCCAUCCCUGUAUAAGAAAAAAUAAUAAUAAUGGAUGUCCCGAACUCUCUUAUGGGAAGGCCUGAGUCUAAGUUCUGUGGAACAUUGCGCCGCCAUUAUUAAUAUUUCCGUUAAGUAUACAUAUUUUUUGAAAAUACCUCCAUUUGUUGCGCCAAAAAAAUCCGUCAGAUGGCCAAUGCGGCGGGAACUUCACAAAGGAAUUUGCAUAUCGAAGGCGGCGACAGUCUUUUUUGUUCAGUAUUUCAUCUCAGUUUUAUUUUUGAGAUUUUUUGCGCGUAACACUUAUUAAAAUGAAUCCUGUCGUGCGGUGUUGGAUUAAGAACCUCGAGCACAUGAGGGAAGAUGCAAAGGAUGUAUCAAUUUUGGGAAUAAUUGUGGGAAAAUCAGAGCCAAAAAUCUUCGAAAAUAUGGAUGGAGAUGAAAGAGGAGUUCUCACGUUGACCAUCAGAGAUUCUCCCUAUGAUACAAUAAAUUGUGUUUUUUGGGGAUCCAAGGAUUUUAUCAUGACCACGAGUGAGAAUUACAAAUAUGGCGUUGUGGUGAAUAUAAUGGAGGCAAAGGUAUCUUCACCAUCAGAGCGAUCAAAUUAUCAACCCAAGACAUCUUCGCGCUUCCUCUUGACCAUCAACGAAGGAAAAGGGAGGAUCUAUCUACACACAGGACCUCAAGAUAACUUCAGAAAACUCCUAAAUCUUCCUUUGAAGCCUCUUGGGCUAACAUUGAGUCUCACGGAUGUAAAUGCAAGGGGAGAACUUGCUUCGGGAGACUUUGUGGAUCUCCUUGUGGUUGUGAGGAUGAUCAGGCCACUGAGAGAGAUAAAAACUCGUCAUGGAAGGAUUACUCACUGUCGAGAGAUUGUAGUGAUGGACAAGAGUUUCCCAGGAAUGCUCCUGACCUUUUGGGGAAAGACCUGCGAUGAUAGAAUUAAUUCCUGGAAACCCAUGGAGACUUGUCUAAUCCUCUAUGACAUCAAAAGUGACUAUUCAUCGUUCUAUCGAGCCGUAACUCUCAAUUUUACAUCCAGAACCCUUAUCACGGAGAAUAUUCAAGUUUCCGAAGCAAAAGAAUUGAUUGCUUACGCGGCAACUGUUCCACCGCUUGAAAAAUUUUCCUUCGAAAGCACUGAUUUGCCUAUUCCCGAAGAAAUUCGGACUGUUAUGACUGUCCAACAGAUUCUGGACAGAGCUGAAGGGCAUCUUAUCAGCAAUGAGGAGCAAUUUACAGCUUUAGUUUACGCUGUCAUCACAAAAUUUGACCUAGAUGGCUUUGGGAGGAUUGUCACAGAAAGAUGUUCUUUCUGCAAGAGAAUCACCGACGGCGACUGUUCCGACACAAACUGUGUCAAUCUUCAGUUUCAGACAUCCCAGAAGAAUUCCCUGACCUUUGAGAUUCUCAUGGAUCUCACAGAUCACACAGGAACCUCCACCAAUUGUCGUCUGAUGCGUGAUGCUGCUGAAAAACUUAUUGGAAUGUCACCAGAAGAAUUUCUCAAACUCUCACCUGAACAGAAGACGAAUCUAAAGUGGAAGACUCUCCUAGAACGAUGUGCAGUCAAAGUCGUUGUACGCAAGAAAUCGGUGUAUAGGCCAAGGAUGUGGAUUGGGAUAGUGGAAUGUGUGCUAGCAGAUCAUGACGAUGUGGCUAAAAACAUCAAAGUCUUCUGAGAAAAUUGUGCAAAUAACUCGCAAAAAAUGCGCUGAAUUUGAAAUUGUACCAUUUUCAUUUCAAUUGAAUCAAUAAAAGAAGUUGAUAAACC